UCAGCCGCGGCACGACUACGCAAGAGGCGGAGAUACUCGAGGGCAGGUCCGCGAGGUCAGUGGCCGGAGAGGCCAUUCAAACGCACCAUGUUCCGCUUCCGUUGCGUUCAGCCCAUAUAUACAAUCUACCCGAACAGGCCUCCUCGUCCUCUUACGCGCCUGAGCGAUGGCAUUUUCGUCUCCCGGCCCCCCACGCCUCCUCCCCGAGGGCUUUCUGAAGCCGAACUGGUCAGAUGGUACCGAUAUCGGCAGGUAGAGGACAUGCAGGACUAUCUGUGGACGCUCUGGACAGACGGACGCCAUAGGCUUGGCCGCCUCGCCGACGCACACGUCCUCGUCCGGGCGCUGCCGCUCGCAGGGGCUAGCAGCCCUACCGCCUCGCCAUCCGAGGCGCCGGACGUGCCAGCCUCGUCGCUGUCGUCUCCCACGUCGAUGACCCCGAAAAGCCUCUCGCUCCGAGCAAUCGUCCGGCCACAGUCGGGCCAGCCCUUUGGCCUGAAGCGCGAGUUUGACCUGGAUGCCCUGAGGGAAACGAUAUCUGAGCCUCCGCAUGACAUUUCUCCAGCCAAGUUCGAUCUGAGGGAAUGCCUGUCCUGGGUGAGGCCGCUCAACGGCUCACGGCGGGCGUCUUGGCCGGCAGCAGCAGCAGCAUCCGCCUCCAGCAUCGAAGAAGACGACGUGGCGGGCGAGAGAAGGGCGGCAAAGAUCGUCAAGCCCAGUGCUCCCGUCCAAGCCCAUGGGCUUUCAUCAAUGUCUGUGGGCGUGCCCAUACGUUGGCCGGGGGAGAUACGCCAGGAACGGGUUAAAGUUUUUCGACUAUCAGAGUACAUUUUUCUGAACUAUGGCGGCUUCCUUUACUUCAUCAUCAUCAUUAUCAUCAUCAUCAUCAUUUUCUUUUCAUUCUUCAUCAUUAUUAUAUCUUCUUCUCCUUCUUCUCCUUCUUCUUCUCCCCCUUUUCCCUUUCUCUGUCUUCUAUAUCUCCCAGUCCUCUGCUCAUAUGCAUAG